AUGUCUCGGAAACGUCCCAUCGCUAGCGCUAAGCGCACACGCACUGCGCGGACCUUUGAUGAGGUACCGAAGAAAUCAAAGGUGGUGCUGCUGUCUUGUGGGUCUUUCAACCCAGUGACAAAUAUGCACCUGCGCAUGUUUGAACUGGCAAGAGAUCACCUGGAGGACACGGGACGGUAUGAAGUGGUGAAGGGGAUCCUGUCACCAGUGGGCGAUGGCUACAAGAAGAUAGGCCUGAUCGAGGCCAGCCAUCGGGUGGAAAUGGCCAAGCUGGCGGUAGAGAGCUCCAGCUGGAUUGAGGUGGACAGCUGGGAGAGCAGGCAGGCCGACUGGCAAGAGACAGUCAAAGUGCUACGGCAUCAACAACAGGAACUGCUCUCCCAGGAACCGGACACUGAUGUGGUAGGCACUGCAAAACCUGGCAGGAAAAGAAAACGCAUGGAUGCCAGCAGUGCCACCAAGAGGAGGAAGCUCGAAGAGCCUGAUAUUGCACCUAAAAAAACAGUUUCCGCUGCCUCCUCAGGUGAGCCGCGCGUGAUGCUACUCUGCGGUGCUGAUGUGCUGGAAUCAUUCGGUGUGCCGGGGCUGUGGAAGCCUCAGCACAUCGAGGAGAUUGCCAGCACAUUUGGACUGGUGUGCAUCACCCGCGGCGGAUCGGAUGCGGAAGCCUUCAUACAGGGCUCCGACCUCCUCUUGCCACACCGCAGCAACAUCCACGUGGUGCAGGAGUGGGUGGCCAACGAUGUGUCGGCCACUCGCAUCCGCCACGGGCUGCGGUGUGGCCACAGUGUCCGCUACCUUCUGCCCGACCCGGUGCUCGGCUACAUUCAGGAGCGGCAGCUGUACAAUGCGGAGAGUGAGCAGAGGAACGAAGGGGUUGUGCUGGCUCCUCUCCAGAAAUGUGCAAGAACGCAGGAGUAA